AUGAAUGGAGCAGAUGGUACUGGAGCAGCAAUGCCUGUUCAGAUUACAAAGUUUAAGGCGGCUAUUGGCGACCUAGGGUUGGAGACAUUGGGUAGAAUUGAGAAGGAGAUUGAAAAUAGCAGCCGACAUUUAGAGAGGUCUACGGUAAGAUUACGGAGAUAUAUCGAAAAGCUUGAGGGAGAGCGGCCAGCAGGGGAGAUGGACGAGCUAGAUGAAGAGAUCGCUGAGGAUGUAGUUGAACAGGGAGAUUUGGAGGUGUUCCGAGAGGCCGUUAGGGAGAACGAGAUUGUGCUUCGGAAUUACGAAGAGAGACUAGAAGCAAUCCAGCAGGAGCGUAUGCACCGUUUGAGUAACGGUGGCAGUGACGUUCAGGCGAAGGAAAGUGUGUCGUUGCGGUAG